CAUGACGUCGCCGGGUGUUGCAAACUGGACUUAGGGCCCCAAACCUGCAGAAAAACACCGUGCAUCCUAUUUUUUUUUAUUUAAAGCAACUACAAUGCACUUCCAAAUAAGACACCUGGUGCGCCUGAACCAAUGCGCUCCGGUGCCACGCAAGCUGGUGAGGAAGCUGUGCACGGCGGCACAACAACGUGGAGCAGCAGGACGGAACGCAUCUGCAAGUUUGACGACGCGUUUCGAGGCGCAGAGCUGCAGGAACUAUGGCUCCGACUCUGCGUACGGCCGAGCCUUCGCCUCAGCGAGGGACAAGCCCGAGGAGUUCUGGGGGGAGAUGGGACGCAACAUAGACUGGUUUGAACCGUGGAGGCAAACUUUGCACGUUGAGGAUCCGGUGUUCCCAAACUGGUUUGUUGGAGGAAAGUUGAACAUGUGCUACAACACCGUGGAUCGACACGUAGAAAGCGGCCGCGGAGAGCAGCCUGCCAUCAUAUACGACAGCCCGGUGACUGGAACUAAGCAGGUCAUCACUUUCAGGGAACUUCAGAACCAGGUGUCCAGGUUAGCAGGCGUCUUGGUGAAGAACGGGGUGAAGAAGGGCGAUCUCGUAGUCAUCUACAUGCCCAUGGUGCCCCAGGCCAUGUUCACCAUGCUGGCCUGCGCUCGAAUCGGUGCCCCGCACAGCCUCAUCUUCGGGGGCUUCGCCUCCAAAGAGCUCUCCGUCCGCAUCGAUCACGCCAAGCCCAAGCUGAUAGUUACAGCCUCAUUUGGCAUCGAGCCAGGCAGAAGAGUCGAGUACAUCCCUCUGGUGAAGAAGGCCUUGGAGCUGAGCUCUCACAAGCCCUCCAAAGUCCUCAUCUACAACCGGCCCAACAUGGAGAAAGUAUCUCUGAGUCCGGAGUUGAGUCUGGACUGGGACGAGGAGAUGGCCACAGCUCGGCCGCACGACUGCGUCCCUCUGCCCUCCAACCAUCCCCUUUAUGUGCUGUACACAUCCGGGACCACUGGAACGCCAAAGGGUGUUGUGCGAGACACUGCAGGUUAUGCUGUGAUGCUGAAAUGGACCAUGUCAAAUAUUUAUGGACUCAGUCCUGGAGAUGUUUGGUGGGCAGCGUCAGACCUCGGCUGGGUGGUCGGCCAUUCGUACAUCUGCUACGCUCCUUUGCUCCACGGUAACAGCACGAUUCUCUACGAGGGUAAGCCUGUCGGGACUCCGGACCCCGGGGCGUUCUUCCGUGUCCUGUCUGAACACGGGGCCUCGUCCAUGUUCACUGCACCCACUGCCAUCCGGGCCAUUCGCCAGCAGGACCCCAACGCUGCAAUCGGGACAAAAUAUCCUCUGUCCAGGUUGCAGUCCUUGUUCUUGGCGGGAGAGCGAUGUGAUGUGGAGACGCUGGAAUGGGCCAAGAGGAGUUUCGGCGUGCCUGUUCUGGAUCACUGGUGGCAGACUGAAACCGGCUCAGCCAUCACCUCCACUUGUGUCGGCCUGGGAAACUCGCUCACGCCACCUGCAGGUCAGGCUGGCAAACCAGUUCCAGGAUACAACGUCACAGUGAUCGAUGAUGACAUGCGGGAGGUGAAGCCGAGAACCCUGGGAAAUAUUGUGGUGAGACUACCUUUACCACCAGGUGCAGCUCUGUCAUUGUGGCAGAACCAGGAUUUGUUCAAGAAGCUCUACUUCACAAAGUUCCCAGGUUACUAUGACACCAUGGAUGCAGGUUUUGUGGACGAGGAGGAUUUCCUUUACAUCAUGUCCAGGUCUGACGAUGUCAUCAACGUGGCGGGUCACAGGCUGUCGGCCGGAGCGCUGGAGGAGUCGGUGAUGCAGCACCCAGCAGUGGGAGACUGUGCAGUGGUGGGUGUGGAGGACUCUCUGAAGGGUCAUGUUCCCUUGGCCCUGUGUGUACUUAGGAAAGGUGUGCAGAAAACUGAAGAGGAGGUCGUAAACGAGAUGGUGAAGCUCGUGAGAGACACCAUCGGACCGGUGGCCGCCUUCAAGAAAGUGCUUUUUGUCCACGGAUUGCCGAAGACGCGCUCCGGCAAGAUCCCUCGCUCCUCUUUGGCCAACCUGGUUAACGGCAAGCCCUACAAGAUCACUCCGACCAUUGAGGACCCAGAGGUGUUCAAAGACAUCGAGACACAAGUUGAGAAAGCUCUCGGACGCAGCCGAGCCUGAACCUGAGAGAAAACUGAAAACCAGGACCACACUCUGUUUUAGAAGAACUUUGCAAGAAUAUUCCCACCAUGCAGUGUGCUGCGAAGUAGACGCAAAAUUAGUGACUGUAGUCGUCCAUGUCAGGCCGGCAUUGUUGCUAGAGAGUUCUUGCCUUAAAAAUCCAUGCAGCUGGAUUAAUAUCUCCACUUGUAAUAAUGGAACAAACGAUAUAUUUGUACUUAAUCUGAAUAAUAAUGUGAACCCACAAUGCACUACAAGCUUUGCAGAUUCAUAAUUAAUGAACAGAGGCGAUGUGCAGCUACUGUUUAUACACAACCGAGCCCUCCAGCUAAACAACAUUUUGAAUUAUGAAUGACAAAUAAUGAAGGCAACUCGCUCACUGACAGUUUUUUAUUUUAUUGACAAUGAAAAUUUGUUUGCUCACCACUUAGUUUUGACCAAAGUACAAGAAGUAAUAAAUAAAAAAUGGACACAAAA